AUGAGUAAGCUUGCUGAUAUUAAAGUGGACAGUGAAAGUGUGACUGAGAAAGAAAAUCCCUUCAAAGACCCUUUCGAGCUUGAAAAAUGGCGUCACGUUUAUCAGUUGUGCGACUACGAGGGAUUACCCUUCUUGGACGCCGACUUGGAAUGGAGCGCCGAAGAAGAAAAUAAGUUGGUCCGCGUUCUAGAUUUUAGAAUAUUUGGCUGGGUUUUCAUACUGUUUUGCUCUUUGGAUCUCAUCAGGCGAAACAUUAAUCGAGUAACAGCCGAUAACUUUCUUCAAGACCUUGGCCUAGGAACCAAUGACUAUAAUUUGGGUCAAACGUUAUACCUUGUAUCGUUUCUUUGUGCUGAACUACCAGGGAAUCUCUUGUCCAAAAGGUUUGGAUGUGAGGUUGUGAUCCCAUUUCAGAUGGUGACAUGGUCUGUUCUAUGCAUUUUCCAAGCAUGCAUGGUUAAUAAGGCGGGAUUUUUGGUCUUACGAGUCUUAAUAGGAUUGAGUCAAGGAGGCUUUAUUCCCGAUACUAUUCUUUAUUUGACAUACUUUUACAACUCGAGAGAAUUGCCGCUCCGUCUAGCAAUUUUCUGGACCGCAAUCCCUUUGUUUCAAAUUCUUGGUUCUCUUCUCGCAUCAGGCUUACUAGAAAUGCGAGGCAUUCAUGGCUUAGCUGGGUGGAGGUACCUUUUCAUUGUUGAGGGUGCACUUAGUUUGGCUAUUGCGUUUUCAAGCUUCUAUUUCAUGAGACAGGGUCCUACCGAAACAGGUAACAAGCUAUUCAAGAGGAAGUCGUGGUUUAACGAGAGACAAACAAAAAUCUUGGUCAAUAGAAUUCUUCGAGAUGACCCUUCCAAAGGUGACAUGAACAAUAGACAGCCUGUGAGUCUCAAAGAGAUUUGGCUUACUUUAUCUGAUUAUGACAUUUGGCCAAUUCUUAUUCAAGGUAUAUUGGCGUUCAUUCCCUUCCAGCCUGUUACAAACUAUAUUACUUUAAUACUCAGAGAGAUGGGAUAUUCAACUUUCAUGUCCAACAUCUUGGCAAUUCCUGGACAAGCGUGGUUUCUUGUCAAUCUUCCCCUUUUAGUUCUCUUGAGUCGAUAUACUAAAGAGAAGAGUAUCUGUGUGGCCAUUUCCAAUAUCUUCAUUCUACCAUUCAUCAUUGCGUUAGUUGUUCUUCCCAAUAACACCAAUAAUUGGGUGAAGUAUGUCUUGUUAACGGGUAUCUUAUCGCAGCCAUAUGCCCAUGCAAUCCUUGCAGCGUGGGUAUCUCAGUCUGCAAACUCAGUGAGAGCCAGAGCCGUCGGAACCUCACUUUACAAUAUGAGCUAUCAAGUUGGUAGCAUCAUAGCAACGCAAAUAUACCGUAAUGAUGACAAGCCCUAUUAUGACCGUGGAAAUAAAACAAUUUUGGGCAUUUGUAUUUUCAACAUCUUCUUUGCUUUCGCAACCAAAGCCUAUUAUAUUUUACGCAACAAACAGAAGGAGAAGAAGUGGGAGCAGAUGUCCGUGGAAGAGAAAACCGUAUAUUUGUCAAAUCCGCCCGACAAGGGGAUGAAACACUUGAACUUUAGAUUUACUCAUUAA